CCCGGAUGCGGAAGUGCCACUUCACUUCCGGUCUCUGCGUCCAAGCAGUAACUGGAGGUACCGGAUAGUGGAGGAGGUCGGAGUGAGCUGAGCCCGGAACCAUGCCUCGGAAAAUCGAGGAGAUCAAAGACUUCCUGCUGACAGCCAGGAGGAAGGACGCCAAGUCCGUCAAGAUCAAGAAGAACAAAGACAACGUGAAGUUCAAGGUGCGGUGCAGCCGGUACCUCUACACCUUGGUCAUCACUGACAAGGAGAAGGCAGAGAAGCUGAAGCAGUCGCUGCCUCCCGGUUUGUCCGUGAAGGAGCUGAAAUGAUCCCGAGGUUUUUCCCACCUUUGUUACAAUAAAAGAGUUAAUCGGA